AUGGCAGAAAGAAUAGUACCGUCAGUUCACUCUCUUGUUAAGUAUGAUAAUCCCGAGCUGGUCACCAAACAUCAGAAAAAGAAACCAACAAUUAAGCCACAGCCAGGCAAGUUGUCUCUUGGUGCAGGGGCAGCAUUACCUUCACCCCUUUCAGUACAUUCAAAAUCAGCCCAGCUUACUGCCGACCAUCGCAGGGAGGCAGAAGAGAUUUUGAAUUCUAUAUUGCCACCUAGAGAAUGGGAAGAAGAAGGCCAACUGUGGAGACAACAGGUCUCAAGUACUCCUGCAACACGUUUGGAUGUAAUCAAUUUGCAAGAACAGCUUGACAUGAGGCUACAGCAGAGACAAGCACGAGAGACAGGAAUAUGUCCUGUCAGGCGUGAACUGUAUACACAAUGCUUUGAUGAAUUAAUUCGCCAAGUAACAAUCAACUGUGCAGAACGUGGACUGCUGCUGCUUCGCAUCAGGGAUGAGAUUCGAAUGACAAUCUCUGCCUAUCAAAUCCUGUAUGAAAGCAGUAUAGCAUUUGGUAUCAGGAAGGCCCUCAUGGCCGAGCAAGGCAAAGCUGACCUGGAAAAUACUGUGACCAAGCUCCAAUCAGAGAAGUCUGACCUAGACAAGCAAGUUAUGGAACUGCGGUCUCGCGCUGAUCAGAUUGAGCGACGCUCUAAUGAACAGAAAUUAGCAGAGGCAAAGAAACAUGCAGAAGAUAUUCAGUUCCUCAAGAAGACCAAUCAGCAACUGAAGGCCCAACUUGAAGGAAUUAUUGCACCCACAAAGUAAUGAACUCCCCCACUAUCAGGAAUGUAUGAAUCCAGUGUAACGUGCAGUUUUGUUUAUGAGAAAUCACAUUACACAAACCCAUACCUAUUUCAUUUAUCUCUUGCUUCCAUUCAUACUAGCAAACUUAUUGUCUGAGCCAUAACUGUGGACUGUAGCAAACAGUGGAAGAAUGGCAUCAUUUGAUGCUAAGAGAGUAGCCACUCAUUCCUCUCUUUGGUGGCUCAGUAAGCAAGUCUCUCAUUCAAUUUGUUUAUAAAUACCAAAAGAAUGAUGUGAAUGAAAAAUGGGAUUUCAAACUCAUUCAGUGUCAUAUAAAACUUUGGUUAUCAAAGAACCUAAAAGAAGUAUACAAGGAAUAUAUUCAAAUGUGUGUGUGCACACGUGUUUGCGUGACAAGCCUGCAAUAUUAUGAAUACAGUAGAAAGUUUAUUACAAAUUCUGUGCCAGUGCUAGACUAUGCAGAGUUCCAAAUAAUUUAAAGGGUGGUAUUACAGCAGCAGGACACACUAUGAUUUUAGUAUUAUAAUAUAAAACAGAUAAUGUACACGAAAGAAGUACAUGAAGAAAUGUUGAACUGGAUUUUAUGUCACUUUUGAAAUCAUUCAGUGUCACAUAAAUCAUUGAUGUGAUGACUGCCAAAGAAAAUAUAGGAAAGAUAUGAGGACUGUAGUCAGUCUGGUACAAUAGCUCAGUAAGUGACGGAGUGAAUUUGAGGUUUGCACACAUCCCUGCUAAAGAACCUAUUAAGACUUUUCGAAAGUACGAUUCCCUAUGUCAUAUAAAUUAAAUAUGAGGUCAUUACAACGUAAAAUGUAGCUCACUUAUUCCAAUGAAGUAUCAUUUUUUAAAUAACCCCUGAGCAAAUUGAUGCAUCUGUCUCAUCCUGGAACAGGUUUAAAAAUGCUGUGGCAGCAGAAAUUAGGCUCUUGCAUUUGCAGCCCUUCACAAACAGCCAUUUCCACUGCUUCAUGACUGUGGAACUGGCACUCUCACAAGUGUUCCUUUAGAGUCUCAAACAAAUGGAAGCAGCCCAAUAGGGCAAACUAAAUGAUGCAUUUGUCCCAUCCUGGCAUAAGUUUAACACAAAUGUUACAGGCUUAUUGAAUAUCCCUUGUAUUUGCAUCAGUCUGUCUGCCAAUUUGUACAGGGUGAUUCUAAAUUACUGUCGGGAUUUCCAUUUACUGGCCAGAUAUCCUCACAAUAAUUUAGAAACCACCCUGUAUCGACUCAUGGGUGGCAGAAGGCAAAGAUAAGACUAGCAGGGUCCCAAUCCAGCCGAUACAAGGAGGUAUUUUAUUUCUACAAAGAGGAGAAUUGUUUUCAGCACAGGGCACAAGGGAGUGCUGUUCCAUCACUUAUAAUGUCACUGCAGAAAGUAGGCCUAAGUUACCAAUAAAAGAGUAAAUUUUUAAAAUGUGAACAUAAUCCCCCCCUUAAAUAUAGGCAAUGGGUGCAGGGGAAUUUAUUCAGCUCCGACACCACUCGUUCAGAGGAUCAUGAGCCACCACUGGCUCCAUUACAUGCAUGCCAGUAUAUUUUACUCUACUCAGACAUACAAGACAGUAUAUCAACACCUGAGGAUAUUUCAGAAG